AUGACUGAUCCACGUCAGCCUAGCACCUUUCAUCACGAACCAUGGUCUACACCAUGGCGAUCGCCCUCCGAGUUUUCACCCGAGGAAACCCUCAGCCAGCGAAUAAACCGACAAAAAGAAAAGCCAGAGUGGAAAACCGCCCCGGAAUCUGUAAAGUCUCAAUGCCUUCGUCAGAUGGAUGGCUGGCCGUGUGACUGGGCCAUUUAUCGCACUACUUAUGCUACCACAUCCGAUAAGGACUGGGCACGAGCCAUUGAAAAGCUCGACCAGGCUGUCUGGCUGGCCUGGUAG